CACGGAUACCUAGAACUCGAACGUCAAAUAAAUAAAGUGUAACCGUUGUGCUGUGCUUGUCGGUUGUCAAUUUUUGCGCCAAUUUCAUUUAUUAUUUUUAUUUGAUUAUUUGCCUUUACUCUUCGUUUUUCACGUGAAAAUUUUGCUUGGUUGCAUCAUUUUACUUUAUUAGUGAAAGCGCCCAUGGAGGGCGCGGUGACACCAGACGGUCGGCGCACGCGCGCUGCCCUCGCCGAGAUCCCCGUGCGACUGGAUCGUCUCCGUGUUACUCCGUUGCAGCCCGUCACUAACAUCAGAGAGCGGUCCCCUGCACUGCCUGCUGGGUACCUCAGCCCUGCAGCGUCGCCUGACGAACUGCUUAUUCAGCAGAGAGGCCGCAAACGUCUCCCAGUGACAUGGUCGCCAGACAUCGAUCUGAAGCGUAACUCAUUCCACUCCACCAUACGCACACCACCGAAGGACAACCAUUUAUCUCCUCACAAAUUGGGCGUCACCCUUCGUUCGACACCUCGCAAGCGUCUCCUACUCGACACUGAGCGCAUACCUCUGACUCCCGAAAAAAUUGACUUCAGCGACAUCAGCACCCCCCAAAAAUUUAAAAUUACCAGUCCCAUUAAAAGUACACCGCCCAUUAAGAGAUGUAGGCUCGAUAGAUCAUUGAACACCGAAUACAAAGGCCCCAUCGAUGCCGCCCUCAAAGGUUUGAGUCCCACUCAACUCAUUCACAUGAUCAAGACCAUUACAUACAAGCAUCCGGAAAUUGAACAGGAGAUUAGGAAUGACAUGCCAGUACCUGAUCUGUCACCUCUUGAGGAGCGCCUGAGUUACUUGAAGAGUAACAUCUUCAAAAGUCUACCUACCUCCCGGCUUACUUCUAAAACUGAUUCCCCCGCGUACUCCAGGGUCGCCACUCAUUUGGCGGCGUUCAAAAAGUGCGUUGUUGAACAGGGUAAGGUCUUGGUCGAGUCUCAGCAUUGGGAGUCAGUGCUACAGUAUGUUUUCUUGGCAUGGAGCUAUGUAAAAGCUACACCUUUAUGGGACAACCAGCCACAUAAUGCUCAAAGAAAACAAUGCUUCAGAGCCCUCACAACUUAUUGCAUGACUGCCCUGAAAAAGGGUAACUUACAAAAAGAUGUGCUGGCUGAUGUUCAAGAUAAGCUCGAAGGAAUGGUGGCGGACAGUGAGGAAAUAGCGUCUUGUUUGAAACAGGUGCAAGGUCAGUUACAAGAAUUUUAGUAAUUCUAAUCUUAAUCGUAUUUAGCUUGUUCUAAGAUUGAGCAUAUUGUGACAGAUUCUAUAAUUGUUAUUUGAUUAAUUGUUAAAAGACUGAAAAUGCUAUCUACACCGAUCAAUAAGAAUAAAAUUCUACAAAUUGAAAAGGUUAUUAAAAAUUGAAAAAGUAUUGUAUUACAAAAUAAUUGAUGUGGCAUUUCUUUGUAAUUUAUUAUAUUUUCUUUUCUUCCUGUAUAAUAAUUUCUCUUUUCCUAGUUAUGACAUACAAUUAUGGAAUCUGAUUUAUUUCUUUUAGUUAAUUGAUACCUCAACUUAGAUUGUAGAAUCAAUAUUUUUUAUCUUCUUUUUGUUAGUUUAAUCUACAUUUUCUAUAAGUUAUUCACAUGUUUUACAAACUAUGAUUUUAAAAACAUAAACUUAAUUGGUUAAUAAAAUAUGUACUACCACUAGAACAGCAGCUAUCAAAGCUGAAUUAUUAUUUCACUGUAAUGAAAUUUCAUACUUUUGCUGAAUCAAAACUAUAAUUUUAAUUGUUUAUUUUUAUUAUUGAUGUGUUGCCAGUAAAUAAAUUUGUGCCUUCAUUGCAUUUAAAUAAUGAUAUUUUUUUUAUAUCUAAUGUUUUUCUUCAUGUUUUUGUGUUUUUAAAUAUUUAGAAUAAGUGUGACGACUUUGGUACUCUUGAAAGGAAUCAAAAAGUAUUGUUUAAGUAAAAUAUAUUCGUCUUCCAUAUUUUUAUGGACUCAAUGUUUUGAUUCUUUUCAAUGUAGCUGUGACAAUGCCAAAGUUUACUUGCUAGAAGUAGUAUUUACUGUAUGUAGUAUUUGAUAAUUUUACCUUUUGUAAUAUUUUGUCAUUACUUUAAAAUUCAGUUUCUAUAAUCUACUAAUGAAAAUGCCUUAAAAAUGUCAUUUGAAUAGUCUGUUUCAUUGGUUUUAAUAAAAAAAAGUAUUUCUGACGCCACUACAACAUUAUAUUUGUUCAGUUGGACAUAAGUUUUAUGAAUACAAGAAGUAGAUAAUACUAAUAACAAUGUUGUUAAGGAAUUUACUAAUGACUGGUGAAUGAAGCAGAAAAUCUAUUAUAUUAACCUUUAGCUGUCAUAGAUUACUUAAUCAGCAGUUUAUCUACGUCUUGUAUUUUAAAACUUUUAUAUCUGACUAGCUUUUACCCGCGGCUUCACUCGCGUCACAAAAGGAUAAAAGUAGCC